AAUUUGCACCGAGAGGCCCCUCCCCCAUUCUGGCUAAGCUCCGCCCCCCUUUCACCUGAUUGGCUGUUGAUGACAUCAUAGAUUGUAUCAAAGACACGUACCAAAUAUAUAUGAUUGAGAUAAUCUAGCUUCUUUCAUGAUUAAAAAAUAUUCGAAACUUAAUUGAAUAACGACACUCUACUUAAACAAUCAAUGACAUCACCUAAGAAACAAAGUACAAUCAUAAUACUGAUCUUGAUCUUAAUCUUGAUGUCACAGGUGGCUCGGGAUUUCUCCCCAGCCAGGCCUUUGUAGCGGCAGCUCCUGUGAAAAGAAAACAAAAAAACAUGCGGGAAGUCAAUGUUCUCGGGGCAAGAUAUCAUUCCCUACAUCUUGCACGCCACAUGGCUUCCAAGAACUCUUUCACUGCCUCAAUCACUUGUCCACUCGUCUCUCCACUGAGCCCCAGCAGCAGCACCAUCCACUCCCUUCCAGUCCUCCCGUUUACUCCACGUCCCAUCUCGCUCAAAAACACAUGCAUCAUCUUCGUUCUCUCCCUGCCAUACUUCUUGCAUUCCAGCACUACAUGCUGCACAGUCGCAUCCACACCCCUAUCACACAUCUGGCACACUUUGCUGCGGGACUCAGACCAUCUAUAGUUCCUUGCAUUCACAUCCAGACACUGCGCUCUAGCACGGAAAAGAUCACCUCCCAGGCUUCCCUCAUACCACACCUCACACUUUGGGGCCUCUUUCUCCCUAUACCAGUCGAGAGUUUCCUUUCUUUCCAUCUCAUUCUUCCACUUGCUCAAUCCCUCAUCUUUAACUGCCAUAUCUAUCACAUUCUUCCAAUUUCUUACAUCCCACUCAAACCCCUCUCCAUUUCUGUUUGUUAUUCUCCAUUCAAACACAUUCUGUCUAUAUUCAAAGGGUCGGUACACCCACCUACUUAGCAACACAUUCCUGUCUAUCAUUCGCCCACAUUUAUUCGCCCAUUUGCCAUCUCUUAUACUCCACAAGUAUACUUUCCUUGCUAAUCUUGCAUCCUCCAUUUGUUCCAGUCUCACUUUAUAUCUCAAGAUUGCCUUCACUAGUCUUUCCCUAAACGUGCUCCAUCCCAUGUCACCCCUAAGAGCCUACUGCUGCAAACCUUGGUGCAUUCAGUGCCAUUCGAUCUUGCUACCCUAUUCUGCCCCACUUCCAAUUUUUCUAUCUCACUGUCAUUCCAUGUCAUCACAUCCAUUCCAUACAUAAUGCUCGGGACAGCCACACUCUUCCAAACCUCACGGAUGACAUCAUAUUGCUCGCUCUCAUCCUCGCUGCACUCCCUAAACGGCCUACCCACUGGUUUGCCAUACUUAUCUUUACAUUCUUGGCCCUGCCGCAUCCAUUUACCUCCAUCCACACCCCUAGGUACUUGUAUUCUUCCGUCUGUUCCAACUCAUCCCCUUCCAGUCUCCAAGUUGUUUCUCUCUCGUCCUCUGACCUAUUUACUAUCAUUACUUUGCUCUUCUCACUACUGAACCUAACCCCAAAAUCCCUUCCAUAACCCCCUACCACAUCUAGGAGACUACGUAGUUCUUCAGCAGACUCACUCAUAACCACCACAUCAUCCGCAUACAACAACACACAUACUUUAUCCUCUCCAAUUUUCACUCCUGCAUUCAUUCUCCUCAUUCUGACUGCUAAUUCCUCUGUGAAAAGACUAAAUAAUGUUGGUGAUAAUAUACAGCCUUGUCUCACUCCUCUUUCACUCUUCACCCAACCUGUCUCUAGAUCACCUUGUCUAUACUUUGCUCUUGUACCAACAUACAUACUUCUAAUUAUGUUAACAAUCUUAUCACUCAGCCCAACUUUUUCAAGCACUCUGCAUAACACAUCUCUAUUCACCCUGUCAUAAGCUUUCUCUAUAUCUAGGAAGCCUAAGUACAGUUUCCCUCCCUCUCUCUUUUUCCUUUCAAUCAACUCAUUUACAACAAACAUGUUAUCUUCUGCUCGCCUGUCCACUCGGAAUCCGUUCUGCUCCUCACCCAGCACCCUGGCACUCUCAAUCCAUUUACACAACCUUUCAUUCAACACAGCACUAAAGAUUUUUCCUAUUGAGUUUACCAGAGAGAUUGGCCUAUAGUUCUUUAAUUCCUGCUUACUCUUAUGCCCGCCCUUGUGGAUCAGAGUCACUCUACAUUCAUUCCAUUUACUUGGCACUCUCUCUUCUCCUCUACUGCAAGUUUUCAAGGGAGAACGGGCCCUGCAAAACAAGCCCAGCCCAAGACCAAGAUCAGCUGGCCUUUCCCGCCAAACUUGUGCGUCCGCCGUCCGCCGCCUGACCGUCACUCAGAAGGGUGGAGGAGGAGCAGUGCAAAGUGCUGGUAACGCCCCAGCUUGCAAGACUUACUGUCACUGUGUCAUCCCGCUAGGCUGCAGGGCAAGGAGGCGAACUGCUGCCCAGUACCCAGCCACACGGUGAAGGAGAGGUGGAGAAUACUGGCGCCAAGGCACUGGGCAAUACUGAGUGAGAAGAGCCAGUGGCCGAUCCCUUGUUAACAGUCGCAGGCGAAGGGCCCGCUGUCCCCAGCCAUGACCAUCUCGGCGAGGAUCCGCAUGCAAGUCAGGGGAGCAAGGAAAGCCGUGAGGUUCACCUGGCAGGGAAAACCCAUUCAGCCGUCCCGCAAAGAAAGACGCUUUGAAUCCAGAACUUUUUACAGAGGAUAUUCUCUUGGCCACAUCAAAAUAGAAGAGGGGGACUGUGUUUUUAUAAGAAAUACAGAUGCUGAGGAUGAUCAUGCCAGCAGCUGUGAUAUUGCCAAAAUCAUCAGAUGCUAUGAUAAUGGAGAGCGAAUUAACAACAACAAAGUCAAAGUCCAGUGGUACUCCAGAGUUGAAGAUAUUCCACAGAACCAUUUGAAAGACAUCCCAGAAGAUGUGCCUCCUAUUGAUACCUCCCUGGAGGUGGUGAAGGAAGACAGAUCAUUUGAAACUGAUGUUGAUGCUGACACCAUCCACAGCAUAUGCUAUGUAAGGGAAGUACCCUGUGAUGUCUCCCCAAGGAAUGUUCCUCGGCCACAGUUCCUCUCAACACCAUUCUUUGUGUGCCGCUUUAGAUAUGGAGGGAAAAAGCCUCAUGGUGGAAAGAAGCCGUGUCUCCAACCUCUUGAGGAUUUGCAAGACAGUGAACAAACUCCUGUCAGGAGGGCACGAAGGUCUCUUGUCACAGAUUUGACCAAUAUUGACAGAAACGCAAAGAAGACUCCGAAGAAAGAAAAAGGGAAAGAAAACAUACAGACAAAAAGUACACCAAAGGAAAAGAAGUCUCUGAACACCCCAAAAGCCGAGUCCCCUUUGAAACCUAAAAAUGUACUUCCUGAUCUACCUCUUAGUUUAAAGAGAAAGGCAACAGAAACAGAAUUUCACAGUGUUGCAAAAAAAGGUAGAAUGUGUCUAGAAGAUGGUGAAAAUGAGCCAUGCAAGGAAGUGUCCCAUGUGGUGAGUGACAAUAACAUGACAAAAGUGGAAAGACGCACUUCUUCUGGCCGCAAGGUUAAGAUUGUUUGCUACAGAAUGUUAGAGGAUGGUGUGAUUGAUAGGAAUGGAAAGGCAACGUCACUGUUUCCAGGUUCACAAGCCAAAGGAUCACUGUUACUCGACAACAAUUCUAAGCCAGACCCGUCACCUGUAAAGGUCUGUAAAUUCUCAAAUGAAAAAUCCUUGUCCAUAAAAAAAAUUGGAAAAUUACGUGCACUCAAAGAUAACGAAAUACAUAAUGUACUGGACAGUGAUGCUAGUGAAAGUGAAGAAGACUCUGACAUGGAGGAGGAUGAACUUCCUGAUUUAGCCAAACAAACGGACACUUCACAAAACUUUACAAAGGUUUCCCCUUUCAAAGAGUCUACAGGUGACACUCAAAGCAGAUCCUCAGAACCAGUUCCAAAGAAGAGUAAGAGAGAAAAGGAAGAUGUACUCAAAGAUCUGUCACUCCCCAAGAUGGUAACACCAAAGAAAUGCAAAAAAGAAGACACUAAAUCUAAAAGUACAAUUAAGAAGAGAUUCAAGUGUGAAGAAUGCAGACUAUCAUUUUCUACUCGUGCUGAGCUGCGGGAACAUGAUGAAGAAGAACAUGAUGACUUCCAACCCAUCUCUAAGACACCCAGCAGAACAUUAAAAAAGAAAAGGUCAUCUCGCACCCCAUCCCACACUGCAAGUCCUCGUCCUCGUCCCUCUGCCACCCCGAAGAUGCCGUCCCGAACCAACCCUGUGACUCAGCCUGGCACCCCUCUUGAGCUGGCCAGAGCCCGCCUCCACGUAUCUGCCGUGCCUGAUGCCCUACCUUGUCGAGAGAAUGAAUUUCAAGAUAUAUACUCAUUUGUUGAGGGAAAAUUAUGUGAUGGCACUGGAGGAUGCAUGUACAUCAGUGGAGUGCCUGGUACGGGCAAGACGGCCACUGUGCGGGAGGUGGUGCGCCUCCUGCUGCAGUGUAGCCAGGAUGGGGACUUGCCGUCUUUCUCUUUCAUGGAGAUCAAUGCCCUUAAACUCACAGAACCUCAUCAGUUGUGGGUUCAGGUAUGGAAAGGUCUAACAGGGAACAAAGUAACAGCAGAACAUGCCUCAUCCCUUCUGGAGAAGAGAUUUUCUACACCAGCACCAAGACGGGAGCCAACACUGCUCCUAGUGGAUGAGCUGGACAUGUUGUGGACCCGCAAACAGGACGUGAUGUACAACCUUUUUGAUUGGCCUUCCCGGCCAGGGAGCAAGCUGAUAGUGGUGGCCAUUGCCAACACUAUGGACCUGCCUGAACGCAUCAUGAUGAACCGUGUAUCCUCACGCCUUGGCCUUACCAGGAUGACCUUCCAGCCCUACACACAUACACAACUGCAGGAAAUCGUCACCUCACGCCUCCUUGGCAUUCAAGCAUUCGACCCAGAUGCUGUACAGCUGGUUGCUCGCAAAGUUGCAGCUUUAUCAGGAGAUGCCAGACGUGCCUUGGACAUAUGCCGCAGAGCCACAGAAAUUGCCGAGACAAAGAAACUCCCACCCAGCCCAUCCAAGUCUCCAGUGAAGAGGGCAGCUCUGGUGGGCAUGCUACACGUUGAUCAAGCAAUAAAAGAAAUGUCCACCUCGCCUAAGAUAGAAGCCAUCAGGAGCUGUAGUGUGAUGGAGCAGCUGGUUCUGAAGGCCGUGGUGGCUGAAUUCACUCGUACAGGAGUGGAAGAAGCUCUCUUCGGUCGUGUGAUUGAUCAGUUUGUUUCACUCUGUAGAUUUGAAGGAAUGAAGCCACCUUCUGCAUCAGUGGUGAUGAUGAUUGUAAAUCGCCUCACAUCUCAGCGGUUGAUCCUCACAGAACACUCCCGGAAUGACAUACUCAUGCGGCUGCGGCUCAACAUAUCCACAGAUGAUGUAACUUAUGCCCUUCAAAGCGUACCUGAUGGAUUAUAGACACAUGUGGUAGACAUUUUUGUGGUAGUCUUUUUAUGUUCAGUGAGAAAUUUUAAUGUUAUUUAUAUCAUAGACUAAACAGACACCAAAUUCUGGACAGAACUUUGCCUUUUUAUACAUUAGAUAGUUAUUAAACACUAUAGACUCAUUAAAAAUAAUGAACAUUACAGACAAAAGCCCAGAUUCUAUGUUUUGGGCAUUCUUUCUGACUGUUCAUUAUACCUAUCAUUAUUAUGUGUCCCUUCCUUAUUACAAAGUAAGAAUGCCUUAUCUUUGUUUUCAUUAUUAUUGAAUUUUAAUUGAUAGACAACCAGGUUUUUAGUUGUCAUGAUGUUUUAAUAUAAUUUUAAUAUAAUAUUGAUAUAAUGACAUAAAAAAAAUUGUUGAUAUAUUUUCAAAGGAAAAAUCAGUAAAACUGUAUUUUAUUAA